CUUGAAUUAACAAUGAAAGUAACAGGGAAAAUAUUGACAAGCUUAGCCUUUGUACUGCUGGUAAUGGGAAGGAGCGGCAUGUGUUUGGCUCCCUAUUACAUGGAAUAUUAUGCAAAUUACCAUGACUUCCACAACGAUGAUAAGCUAAACUAUAAAUACCAUUAUUAUAUAGAUCAUGCUCCCUCCAAGGUACACAUGAUGCAUAUGGAAGAACGACAUGGUGAUAAAGUCACAGGACAAUAUGGUCUGCUGGAACCCAAUGGUAUGGUGCGAAGUGUCCACUAUCAAGUAGUAGGCGACAAUGGCUUCGAAAGUGUUGUACGAACUCGAACACCACACAGUUCCAGUCACAUACGAUUGAUGAGUCACAAGCAACCUUUGCAACCGAUUCUGCUACAACAGCCGGUAGCAUCUGUCAUUUGA